AUGAAGUUGAUAGCUCGGAUAUAUAACGUAUACACCGUGGUCAUCGGCAUGACCUCGUACAUUUUCAUCCGUGGAAAAUUCCGGCAAACGAGGCUUACGCAUGUGUAUACUUUCAUAGUCAAUGCCUUCACACUGACCCUGCUACCUGUGGCCUAUUGGGAAAUGGCCCAGAUUAUGACAAUGGUCAAGUGGCUGCCGCCCUUCAUGUGGAUAGCUCCAUAUCUCCUGUACUCCAUCAACUACGUUGUGAUUGCGUACACAUUGAUCUCUAGGUGCUAUCGGGAUGCAAUUUUAGUGGAUCUUCAGCUGGUUAUAGUCCAAGUGGACGUCGAGAUGUUACGAACGGGGCGGCGGAUAAGCUCCAUGCUGCAGAGAUUGCUUCUCCUUAAAACCUGCACGCUGAUGUAUUUGUUCGUGGCCUUCUUCCUGUCCCUGGUGAUGUACCAAUGGGGCAUGCCUUGGCUGACUGUGCUUAAGGGACUGCUGGCUACCAUUUCCUUCACCAUUCUGGUGUCCACCACAUUUCUUCACUUUCUGUCUUUCUGGCAAAUAUUGCGAGGCUUUGACUUUGUCAACCAACAGCUGGAGGAGAUCACCAGGAUUGGCUCUAAAGCACAAGCUAAGGAACUUGUCAGUCUCUGGGCCUUGCAUGCCACCCUCAGCCGGACAGCUCGCCGGAUAAAUGGCUAUUAUGGACCUCAAAUGCUGGCCUGUCGGUUCGAUUACUUUAUGUUCACCAUCAUCAAUGGCUACUUUGGAACUGUGUACGCCAGUUACGAACACAAGCUUACUAUAGACAAGUUGUUGGGAGUUUGCAUAUAUUGGGUGCGAAGUUUGGACUUCUUUUUGAACGACUACAUCUGUGAUUUGGUGACUGAAUAUAUAUCAGAGCAAGGUGAAGUUUACGGCGUCUGAAGGUGGUGCCAUGUCCCAUGAGCUGAGUUCCUAUCUGAUCUACGAGGGCAGUAUGAGGCUAGACUUGCGAGUUUGUGGACUCUACCCAGCCAACAG